AUGACUGCGGAAUCUUCUAUGUUUUAUAUGACCGUAUGUGCGUGCACAAGCUCCGAUGUUGGUCACAAAUCGAGACACAACCAAGUUGUCGCUCAGAAAGUGGCUUCGCUUCUCAGCUCAGUUGGGAAAAUUUCAGACCACUCAAAGUUGAUCGUCACUCCUUGUUGUCCCCUUGGAACAACACACGCUGAUCAUACAAAACACUUCAUUGCUCUCGAGGCCCCAAAAUCCCUUCUACGAAACUGUAUGGGUAUCGUGAAUCACUAUUUUAGUGAUCUUUUCACUGAAGGGGAAAGUUCAGGUCCAUCUCUCGAUCCUGGUAUCCUCUCACCGGGGCAGCGGUCCUGGCUCGGCGCUCUGGCAGUCCGAAUGCUGCAUCUUUCAGAGGACCAGUUAAUUGAACUUCGCACCCUCAAGUCGUGUAAAACUUACGAAUCCAGCAAUCACGUUGUACACGAAUCCCAAAAGAAGGAGACCGCUGCUGAAACCCCGCCUAAAAGUACCAUAACAGGUGAAGAUACAGCCCUGUUUUGCCUGAGCUCUGAAGGACUCACCAAAGAACUGACCCCUCUUCAUGACAUCUCAGCAAGAUCAGAAGUCUGGCGUCAUUUCACCGACUGGCACUCUCCGUUUCCAGCUGUUGAGUGGCUGCGCUGUAUUUUAUAUGGUCUGGCAACUGUAGUGUGGGCCAUCGCUUUCACAAAAAUCUGUCGGCGUCAACAAUCUCAACUGGCAGAGGCCUGGAUCUCCCCGGCGCUUACGGGUGCCGCCGACCUGCCCUGGAUACACAACUCCUAUGACUCGCGGCCGCAGUUUCAGGGAACGCCCCGAAUCAGCCCCAUCACUGGUCAAUGGGAGCUUUACUUUCCUACCUCUGAACGUCGUAUACGGUAUCUCAUCUCCGGCUCUGUCACUUUCCUCUGCGUGCUCGUCGCUGUCUUCAUCAAUGUCCUGCUGAUGAAUCUAGAGGGAUUCGUAAAGGUUGACCGUUCACCACAUCUUCACUUCUACUGCAUCAGUUGUUGGACUGAACCUGGGCGCAUUUUUGACCCGGUUGCCGGACGUUUGAAAUUCAUUCCCUCCGUCCUGCAUCCCCUCUUGGUGAAUGUGAUGAACCAGGUCGUCUUUCGACGGAUCGCCGAGUAUCUCACGGAGAUGGAGAACCACAAGGUGAGUAACUCAGCAAAGGGCAUCUGCAGAUAA